AUGGGUUUCUUUUCUACCUCGAACCGUGCCGAUUCCUUCAUUGCAGCCGGUACAACCUCAACAAUAUAUGCCGUUGACGAAAACUUUGUCAUCAAACUCCGUCCCUCAUUAGGGGAUUUUCAGCGCCAAGCUUACGACACUGAAGUUCGCUCUUACAAGCGACUUGGGCACCAUGGACACAUCGCAUCUUGCGAAGUAAACGAGGAAGGUCUCCUACUGGAACGCGGGAUUUGUCUUCGGACCAUACUUCAGAGUGCUGGAAGCACUUCCGAUGGACCGUCGAAAGCCAGGGAGUCUCCGAUCUCUUUAGCUACGAAACUUCAAUGGGCGCAGGAAGCCGCGGAUGGUCUUGCAUAUAUUCAUAGCAAGGGUAUUGUCCAUGCAGAUAUUGGUUGUCACAAUAUGACUGUGGACAACUCCAACCACGUCAAGUUCAUUGACUUCGCUGGUUCCGGCAUCGACAGUGAAGCCCCGUUAGUCUGCUACGAGUGGUUCAGCUUCCAACCUGGUAAGGAAAUCGGUGUAUGCACGGAUAUAUUUGCUUUCGGGUCAAUGCUGUUCGAACUUGAAACAGGGCGUGUCCCUUAUAGCGAGCUGGAAGGGACUAUGGAGAUGGGGAACCUAAUUACAGUUGUUGAGAACUUGUUCGCACAGCGGCAGUUUCCAUCUGUGGAGACUUUGGCCCUCGGGUCUGUCAUUUCUGCUUGCUGGAAUGGCAAAUACAAUUCAAUGGAGGAAGUCCAUCGAGAUAUUGCGUGUCAAACCAUGUCCAGACGCACCCUCCGUCUCCUAGGCUACACCACCGCCGUCACUGGCAUAACCGGCUACAGCAUCCACCGAGGACUAAGCCACCUGGAAGAAAAAUACCCAGCACUUCCCCCCGCAGCAGGCAGCAGAGCCCUCCGCACACCGGAGCACCCAAAUACACAACGCUGCGCAUAUACCGACAUCUACGCCGCCCAAAUACCGCUACAAGCCCUCGAAGCACGCAUCCCAAGCGCCAAGACAUCAUCAAAAACAGAGCUCGAGUAUGCCUGGGCUCGAUCCGUGCUCGGGAGCAAGCUCCUACGAGCUGAGGGCUCUAUCCUCGGACUACUCACGAGCUUCCGCUUCACGCCAUGCGAUACAGGCAGCUCGACAGGAGGAUUCUCGCCGGAUGAAACCACCGGUGCGCCUCGCGUUCUGCUGAACGGUUUAUUUCAAGUACAGCGCCUUCCGGCCGCUGACGCGGAUAGCAAUGGACUGCUGGUCUCGUCGGAAUUGCCCGACAAGCCCCGCGUGUUCUUUGAGAUGAUUGCGCGGUGGGGGUAUCCUUGGCGCUUGAUGUCGCGUGUGAAGCAUGAGAUGAGUGUUUCUGAGCCGUUCUGGAAGAAUGGUCAGGGGAUGUUUGUUGAGGUGCGGUUUGCAAGUGCGCAUGAUUAUGAGAUUGUGGAUGUAGAAGGUGAGCUUGGGAAACAGAAGAUUAUUCCGGAUUGGACUUUGAGACUGCAUCGUGGAUAUGCUAGGUUAAUUCUUGAUUCUGCUGUUCGAGAACUGCAACGGGAUGUUGAGAAAUAG